AUGACCCCCGAGGCGCUCGCGGCCAAGAAGGCAGCCGCGGCGCGGGAUGCCGGCAGCAGCAGCGACGAUGAGGAGGACGCUCGUCUGCCGCCUGUGUGGGCGGCGCACGAGCGCCAGCUCAGCAGGGCGGGCGCCCUCGCUGCCGCCCGCGGCAAUGGCGACGCCCAAGCGGAUGCGGCGGAUCCGGAGGAUGGAGAGGCUAGCGACGACGGGGACACCGAUUGGGACGCAUUCGAGGAUGCAGACGGCGACGCGGCGGCCGGCGGCGCGCGGGGGCAGCGGUGGGUGUGGGAGUUUCACGCGGGCAACCCGCUGCCCUACAGCUGCGUUGUUGUGGACGAGGCGAGCAUGCUGUCCACAGACCUCUUGGCCCGGCUGGUUGCGGCGCUCAGGCGGGGCGCGCGUCUGGUGCUGGUCGGCGACCCGGACCAGCUGCCGCCGGUGUCCCCCGGGACGCCCUUCCUCGCGGCCAUCAGGAGUGGCCUGCUGCCGGUCGAAGUCCUCCGAGAGGUCUUCCGCCAGCGCGCCAGCAGCGCGAUCAUCCCGGCAGCGCACCAGAUCAACGCGGGCGCCCUGCCCACCAGCAUGGACGUCUGGCGGCCCGGGUCGUCAGCGCCUGAUGACGUCAUCAAGGCCAUCUACUCCGCCCUCGACUCAGCCACCGAACCCUGGCCCACUGGAUUGAGCCCUACCCACAACGGGCCGGUGACAUUCAGCGCACCGGUCACCGCAGACACCGACAUCAUCGGCUUGAGCGACAAUGACGAGGAUGACGACGACGACAAGGAUGAUCAGGAUGAUGAGGAUGACAAGGAUGAUGCGGCGGAAGCUGCCACGGUGGAGGCGCCCGGGCCUCCGUUGGUCUCGCGCCUCAGUCUGGCCAGCGACGCGGUGUGGCUGCAGCUUCAUGACGGCUGCCAGCCCCUGCAGGUGGCGGCGGCGGCGCGCGAGGUGGUUGAGCGCGUGCUGCUGCGCGAUGGGGGCGCGGAGGUGCAAGAAAUUCAGGUCCUCACCCCCACCAAGAAGGACGCCGCGGGGACGCACGCCCUGAACGCCCUGCUGCAGCCGCUGAUGAAUCCCGAAAAGGACGCCAACGGCACAGCCAAGCCGGCGGUGCCUGCAUGGCGCGGCGCGGGCGCGCCGACCUGGCGGGUGGGGGACCGGGUCGUGCAGACCGCGAACGACUACCAGAGGCUUGUUUCGAACGGGGACAUUGGCAUUCUCACUGGGCUGGGUGAAAGCGGGAGCGUCUUGAACGCUCAAGUGGCGUUUGAUCCCCGGCCCGGCAGCGAGAGAGGGCAGCCGCACGUGUGCAGUUACACCUCACGCGAGCUGCUGGACAGUGUGCAGCACGCGUUUGCAAUCACCGUUCACAAGGGCCAAGGCGGCGAGUUCCCCGCGGUCCUGGUCGCCCUGCCCCCCAGCUCCCCCAUGCUGCUGACGAGGCAGCUGUUGUACACCGCCGUCAGCCGCGCGAGCGAGUUACUCAUCCUUGUCGCGUCGCGCGCCACGGUGGAGGCCUGCCUGCGCACAGAGCAGCGCCCGCGCCGGACGAUGCUGCCGGACUGGCUCGGCGCGCAGGCGGCGCGGCGGGGCCUCUCGCGGGUCGAACCGCGCGUGUUUGGCGGCGGGGCGGGCGCUGCAGAAGGCGGCGAUGGGUCUGCAGGGGAGGGGGAGGGGGCGGGUGCCCAAAGUUCGGCUCGGACAGCGGCAGCCGCAGGCGCCGCGGGGGAGCAGGGCGAAGAACCGGCCGGCAUCGCGGUCGGCGCAGACCAGGCACUGGGACGUGGAGAGGGCCCGGCGCCUCGGGGGAAGGGGGUGGCCGCGGCGGGCAGUGUGGGAAGCAAUGCUGACGCAAAGCGGGGGCCGAGCGGGACGCAGAGCGGCGGCGCGGCGGCCGGGGAGAGCGAGGGCGCCGCCGGCGACGCGGCAGGCACCGGCGCCGCCAAGCAGCGCCGCCCGCGCGUGGCCCAGGGGCGCAAGGAGCGGCCUCCGCGGGCCACGGGCGGCAGCAAGCGGGCGGCGGGCGCAGGCGGCGCGGCUAAGCCCAAGCGCGGCCGUCCGAGGAAGGAGGUCGAAGGCAGCGACGCUGGGGCGGGUUGCGAUUGA